UAGCUGGAGCUUUAUAGGAAAGGACACUCCCACUAAGGUCCUUAGUAACCUCUUUACUUGAACUAUCUGGACUGACCUCAGUGUGGACGGAUAUGUCUUAAACAGGAGUUAAACUGGCUGCUUGCUUGCUUGUGCAGAGGAUACUUGGCCUGGAGUCAUCAUACGUCGCCCUGACAUGAAAAAACAAGUGACAUUUGCUGAAAAAAAGACGGUCCACAGGCGGCAUCAGGAUGAAGCUUUGCCAAGGGGUUCUGGGAUGAAUGAGUCAAAGAUGGAUGCCAACGUGAACUUCAAUAACGGUUGGAAAAUCAACAGAUCACCAGCUGCGAGAUGUGAAGCACAACUCCAACACUUGACGACAAUACAAAUCCCCAAAACCAUCACAGCAGCCCCAUUUCUGAAGCACGCAGCAUUAACACCAGCUCAGAAGGAGUAUCUGUACACCGUUGCAGCUUCCUACAGCACUGCACACGUCCGUAACCUCAUCACUCAACACUACAUGAACGUGCUGCACAGGUGUAUACAAACAGGCUACAACCCCGAGAGAGACGACCUUACUGGGACUUCUGUUACCUCACCGGACAAGACUGACAAGAGUAAUAAACAUCGAUCACACAUUCCUGCUGCCAGGGCGAAACACAAAGAGAAGAUAAACACUAAAGGAAGGAAUCCUGGGAAAUCCUUUCUUCCAAAAAUCCCAAACAUGCGAGCAAGGAUUCCCAACACAUCAGCACCAACACAAAGAAAUAUGAAGAAACGUACAUUAUCACCCAUACUGCGGAGGAAAAGUCCAACAAGAGCCAGGAUGAGGCUGCUGGAGAAGGAAGAAGAGGAGGAGGAAGGACUGGACGACUCUCUGAGUGAAUGUCUGAGUUCACUCUCUCUGGGAGAAUGGAACGAUGACACGUUCUCAGAUUUAUGACGUAUCUAUAACACUAUGUGUAACCUGAGAAUAAUGAAACUGGAGAGUUUGAAUCACUGAAAAUAACUUUUGGCUCAGUCUGCAGCUACAUCCAGGGACUUGGUACGUUGGUGCCCCUCAGUGGCAGCAAGAGAAAACCUUUUGAAGAUCUAACUUCCAGGAAAUCACGUGACCAGUGCUUAUUAAAGAACAAUGAGAUCACAUCUCACUGUAUAAACGGUAAAGUGUUCACAACCACAUACACUUUUAUUGACAACAUUAACCUAAAUAAACAGCUGCAGAUACAGUUUUUAGAUUUUAUUUCUCUGAAAAUAUCUGGACAUAUAGAUUAUUUUAAAUACUUUGGACUGCUGAUAGUUUUAGUGUUUAGUUUUAUUUAUUUUGUACAGUUUAAAAAGACAACAGAUAGUACACAGUGCAGAAGAGAGGCAGAAAACCUAAAAGGCCUAAAGCUAAAGUAAAACAUUGUUAUAAAACACAAAUAUAAUAACAGUAACAAUAAAAUAUAUAUAACAAUAAUAAUAAUACAAACAGUAUGUAAUGUAUGAGUGUGUGUGUGCAUAUGGGUAUUAUUAUGAAUAAAACAUCUGCUCUCUCACAGGUUGUUGUUCUGUAUACAUCAAUAUAAUCAACAAGUAAACACUGAUUGUAUCCCAUUGUUUAAAUAAACUAAUAUCCUCU